CGUCCAAGGUUUGAGUAACACGUUAUAAUACCCCUCUAUUGUCUAGGGAUUAGAACUUGUUUGUGGGCUUGUUUGGUCGGUCGCCCUUCUAUUGUGUCCUCGUUUCCGGUUUCCAUAGUGCCGUGUCGUUGAUGGAUAGAAACUUCCCUAUAGGGGUUAUGGUGAUAGCAUGUUUUAUUUUAUCAGCCAUUGAUGGUUUCUCCCCAUUCGCACAUCCACCUAAACGCACAAAGAUAUCUACAUCUCUCUUUUUUCCGCAAACCCCAUCAACCCAUCAGGGUCACGAAACACUGGGGCAGCUGGAGCCACGAGUUAUGAACCCCAAAAACCCCUUACCUAGUUAGCAGAGUAACGAGAAUGAAGACAGCGUAUAGUGAAGCUGAUGAAAAUUUACGGCUUUAUGAUUUUGCAU